AGAGAGCAGCAUAACAUUCCCACCCAGUCCAGCAUGACUGAUCAUAAACUUCCCUUCUAUCGGCGGUGCAGCAGCGACUUGGGUACAGGUUUUUUGAGAGACAGAUAUAUGCAUUGUCUGAUCCUACCCACUGUUUUCAGCGACAGACCGUAGGGUAGGCUAGAAAAGCAUGAAUAUAGAACGCACUGAGGAGCAAAGAGACGGAACGAGAGGACGGUAACGGCCCGGAUAGAAGAGUUGCUUUGACGAGGGUGACGGGAGAGACCCACCAUGUGCAGCUCUCUGAGUCCCAAGCAGCCGAUUGGCCCAGGCCUGACGGAUAUGCAGCAGUACAGCCAAUGGCUGGCCAGCCGCCACGAAGCCAGCCUUUUACCAAUGAAGGAAGACCUGGCCCUAUGGCUAACCAGCAUGCUGGGUCUGGAGAUCACAGCAGAGAGCUUCAUGGAGCGUUUGGACAAUGGCUUCCUGCUGUGCCAGCUGGCUGAGACGCUACAGGAGAAGUUCAAGCAGAACCAGACUCAGAACCAUGGAGAACUGCCUCUAGGCAAUGGAAAGGUACUGAGAAACCUAUGCCCUUUUUCACACUAA